CUUAAAACCAUUUCCCCCCACGCGUGUGAAGAUCCAACCCCCAGGAAAUUUGCAAGCCGAGGUGUGCUCGAAAGCCCAGGGCGGGCGGGUUUUGUACACGGGGCGGGGGGGGGAACCCCAGCCGAGGCUGUUAAAACCCGGGCACCCCCCGGCAGCCGAGGGGCGAGCGCGGCCACCCCGGCCGGGCCCCCCGCUCCCCGCCGUUGGCCGCCGUUGGCCGCCGUUGGCCGCUGCUAGCCGCCGUUAGCCGCCGUUAGCCGCGGUCAGGGCGGAGCUCCCGUCGCCCCCAAGGGCGCUGCCUCAGCGGGGCAGCGCCGAGAACCGAAAGCGAAGGGAAAGCGGCGGGAAACGGGGCGGGGGAUCCCCGGCGCCGCUGGGGAAAGGCGGCAGCGCCGCGCCGCUGCCUGGCGGGGGAAAAACACGCGUGGGGCAGGACGGUGGGAACCGGCCGGAGGUGCGUGCGUGUGCCCCGUGAGCCCUCGGCGUGCCCCCGUGUGUGUGAGACUCCGGGGUGCUCCCGGCCCGAUGCCGCGGGCAGGGCAGCAGCGGGCGAUGCUGUGCUUCAUGCCCGGCGUGGCUUUCGUCCCCGCUUUGCUCGUCACCUGGUCCUCGGCUGCCUUCAUCAUCUCCUACGUGAUCGCCGUGCUGGCGGGACACGUCGAGCCCCUCGUCCCCUACAUUAGUGACACUGGAACUAAACCUCCUGAGAGUGGUAUCUUUGGUUUUAUGAUUAACAUUUCAGCACUUUUAGGUGUAAUUACAAUGUAUAUCAGAUAUUUAAUAAUAAAGAAGCAAAAUGAGUCAUCGCACUUUAUUAGGUCUUCGUGCAACAUGUUCUCGUUAUGCAUUGGAUUGAUGGGUUGUACUGGAAUGGGCAUAGUUGCAACUUUUCAGGAGCUGUCUGUUCCCAGCGUCCACGACAUAGGAGCUUUGGUGGCAUUUGGCUCUGGUGUUGUAUACAUAACACUUCAAUCUAUAAUCUCUUACAAGUCCUGUCCACAAUGGAACACGUACUUUGUGUGUCACAUAAGGAUGGCCAUAUCUGUAAUAUCAUGCAUUGCUUUUGUUCCCAUGAUUGUAUUUGCUUCAAAAAUUUCGAUGACAAAAAUUGAUUGGACUCCAGGUGAAAAGAGAGUUUCAUUAAGGAUAUCAACAGAGAUACAUGAAGACUCCUGAUAGAGAAGAAAAUUAUAUUUUAUAUUGAAGAAUAUUCUAAGUUUCUUUUUACUUAUGGAAAAUGUUGCAGAAGGACAGGGAUUUUAAAUUUUAUAAAGAAACCAUGCCAUUAAUUCUGCAACACCUGUAACGGCAUCUACCAAAACAUUUUAAAUACUAGCAGCAAUAUUCCUGCCUUUUUUUUUUUUUUUUUUUCAAAAUUUUGUAAUUUUAAUACUGUUUCAUAUAUUAAAAAUACUGCAGUAGAGGUAAUCUAUAGCAGCACUUCAAGGUCAUUAAAAACGUGGACCUCCUCAGCUCUUCCCUUUUGGACAUAGCCAUAUAUAGAUAUAUAUAUUCGUUUGUUAUAGUCUGCUAAGUAACAUUAGUUUUAAACAUGAGAAAGUACAAUCUGCAAAUAGUUUGGAAUGUCUAAAGCAUUAGACAACACUAAAGUUGAAUUUUGGCUCUUAAGUUGCAAGAACUGUGGAGGAAGAUGUGAGCAGAAGCGGGCAUCUUUGUUUCAAGACUUGAGAUUUGCAGUUAGUGGGUUGGAAUACAAUGCUACAAAUUUGUGAUUGUGGACGCUAUACAAAUAUAGAUCCUAGAAGUUUAAACUACUGCUUGAAAAAUGUUUUCAAAUCAUCACUGCAAUAUAUGUUGUAAAAGUCUACUCCUUUUUUUUUUUUUUUUCCCUUUUAUGCAUUGCUGACCAUGAGAAGCUUAAAACUGCUGUGGAAUAGAAAAGAAAUUUACAUUUAUGCAGGAUCUACUCAAGAGAAGUCUUACUGCCAUCUGGUUAAUACAGAGCAGAAGUUUUCAAGUCUGUGUUUUAACCUACAAAAAUGGAAUGAAGAGGUCUCCAGAAAGUCACUGAGAGUGAAUGGAAAACAAGAAGAGGAAGAGACACCAGUAGUUUCACUAGUUUUCAGAUAUUCAGUUAUACAUGUAUGAAUAUUAUAUAUGGGAAAAAAAAAAAAAAAAAAAAAAAAAAAAGAAAGAAUCCUGGACAGCUUCUGUGGUUAAAGUAUAGCAUAGUUACUGCUAUAAAUGCACUUCUGUAAUGAAACUGUAACUGAGAAGUAAUAUGUUAAAAGUACCUGGAGGCAAAAUGGUCUUUUAUGGACUGAUUCACUACCUCCGUUUAAUGCAUUAACCACUUGCCUAUCAAUCAAGUUCUGUGAAAAUCAAAUUUGCCAUGGUGUAUUACAGUUUAUGCAGAAACUUUCAUGAUUGUGAAUUGUUAAUUUUCCAUGAGAUAAAAGAAAUGUGUAUUUUGGAAAGUGAUGUCUGCUGUUGGUAUUUCCUUUAAUGUGUAUUUUAAACUGUACUAAAUUCAGCUGUUUCACAGCUUAAAGAGCCCAUGUUUUCUUUGUGUUCUCCAAAUAAAAAUAGUAAAAAUGUUUUCUACUGGCA